UCCCUUGGAAGUCAGAUAAAAAUCGAUAAAAAUGAUUACACAAAAAAUAGACAAGCAUAUAAUGAGUAAAUUUGAUGAGAAAAUACAUUUAAGCAUCCACAGCCAUACGGUCCCACAACAUGAUACAGAAAAACUGCAAAUAACUACAGGAUUAAGAUGAUUUAAAGCAGGUAAGUAUUAAGUAGAUUUUUAAAUAUUGUUUCUUUAUGCUUUUGAAACCUCAUUGUGUCAAUCUUCAACAUUCCUGUUAUUAAUAUUACAUAAAAAUAAGGCUGCUACGUGUGACCCAGGGGAACUUGCAAGGCUUUUGGGGGUUAAUAUUCUUUCUUUUAGCUUGAAAUUGACUUAUAACAGAACACUGUUUGAAAUCUCACAGUUAGGUGCACUCAAGUUCAAUCAUAUGAGUUAAGAUAAAUUAGUAAAGUCUAAAUUGUCAGAAGCUGCCUUGUGAAUUUAAUACCACAUUUUAGCCAAAUAUCUGAAGUCAGACCAACACAAAUAGACCCUCCACCCAGCAGGAAAACAAUGCUCACUGCAUGACAUAUGGAUACGCAAGCAAAGCCACAUCACGACUGCAGUACAAAACCACCGAAGCAAAUUCCACUAACCCAGAAAAGAACCUGGAAAAGCCAUCCUUACAAAGAAAUAAAAACUUCAUUUUAAAGCUAAUGGCGGUUUCUGGAUAGAAUCUGGCAGUGCUCUCCAAAGUUUGACAGGACUGGAUAAACUCUAUACACAUGUCGAAGUGAUCCAGUGGUCGGUUUCCCACACUGGACAGUUUGAGGCUGUGGGAAUAACAUGAUGUCCAGCAGUGUGUGUUUUCUGCUGUCUCUUCCCAUCACAGGCCCACACAGACCUCUGGGGAUCAGGGAUAAUGUUGGGAAUCCGGCCAGAAGUUCAUUAUACAAAUUAACAAAAAGCAUUUAGGCACAGGAAGGCAACAUUGAGAUUUACUAGGCUAGUCAAGGGUCUGGUCCUUUCACCUUGCUUAUUUUCCUCAGAGUCAGGACAUAAAUCUGCCAUAUGGAGCAGUUCUGUUUAGUAAGUGAAAAGGCACUUCACAUAAGUAGACCACUAUUCUCAAUUAGGAACUUUCAGGUCAAGCUUUAAUAAAGCAAAUCUGGAAGUUCUUGAUGUGAUCAGGAUACUUGACUGGUCUUGUACUUUAUAUAUAUAAAAAAAGCUAUACAAAGCAACCACAGAUGCUACCUUUAUGAUGCUAAUGUGCAUCAUUGAGCAGAUUAACCAAUUCAACAACGGAUUAUGAAAUUAGCCACUAGUUAUACAUGUACGUAGGAUGCUACUCAGUGAAGCAAGUGAAAAAGACGACUUACCGAUACGAUAGCAGGAAACUGAAUGAUACAAAUGACGAUGUAAAAUAUUUAGAAAUUAUGUUGACUUACUGGCAACUUAGCUGGUGUCAUGCCAACAGCAGGUAAACCGGCUAGCAGGUUGCCUAUAGUGGGCGAUGCGGCUAACAAGCUAACUAACCUACCCCCGCUUCCAAACGUUACUUUAUCAGUAAAAAACACACGGCUUCAGAAUCAAGAUAGCCUCACACGAAAUGUAAAAAGCAACCCUUAGAAAUAGGAUACACAGCAACAGAUGUUUGCUCGAUCCUUACCCACUCCUCGUUAGCCUGCUAUGGUGGCCACACAGGCGAAGAGGCUAGCACCAGCGAUAACAAGCAGCUAAUCACAACUAAAUGAUGCAACGUAAAAAAGACGGAGCGUGUCCGGCCCUAAGCUCUCAAACAACGAUGUAUGUGGAGAGAUGAAGUCCAUAAUUUCUGGCCUGCACAUGAAAUUUGCAGAGAGAUCAUGGAAUGAAACAUUUCAGCUGGUCAGAAGAUGCAUGGACAAAUCCAGAGAUGAAUCCAAACCCUGUGAGCCACUGGUUAGAUCCCUGGAAAGGCUCCAGGAAGUAUUUAAUGUGACAACUGUGAACACCAUGAGGUCUCGUCUGGAAAUGAUUGCCAAACAGCAAGGGUUGGGAUUUCACAUCACAGACGCCUCAUGUUACCUCACAGCAGAUUUAUUCUACCUGGAGGCAGUUUUGAUGCCGUGUGGUGGGGUGGAGGAGGUCAAGGUGGCCCUGCAUGGAGGACUCCCAGUGUCCAGUGAGUCCUUUCUUCGGCUGUUAAGGUCAAAAGAUUUUCCUAAGUUCUCUAUGAAGCUGGGAGACCUCUUCAACCAGUACAACAUCCCUGGAGACAAAGAAUUAAAAUUCAAGUUGUUUAAAUCGUUACAACAUCUUAAAAAAGAUUUGCAGCAAAUCUCACAUUUGUUAAGGACAUCAAGAAACUCCAAUGCUCAGUCGGACAUGAUAGUGGCUGGAAAAGACGAUUCCCCUUUGACUAUCCAGUUCUAUGUGGCAAACACUCAACUGAAAACAUCAGAUUCAGAAACACCAGAUCUGAAGCCACUGGUCCAGGCGGCCCAGGUAACCGUGGGUCUCCGUGACGAGACUCACCAGCUUCAAAUGGCAUCGGUGAUCCUACAGCCCCCACAGCUGGACGCCCACGGCUCUCCUGUGUUCAAAGCUCUGGAUCAGACGCCAUGUGAGCCACUGCCUGCCUGCUUCCUGCUAAAACUGCAGCCUCCAAUACCAAUGAUGUUGGCUUUUGUGCACAAGCUCGGCCAAAUUACAGACAUGGUCAUACCAGAUGUUGACCUGCAGUGGGCACCCUUCCCCAAGCUUCUAAUGACAGGUUCACUGAGUGCAAACAGCCAGUGGGAGACGUUAGAUGAGCAGGAUAUCAUUUUUGCAGCGCCACUUCCUGGUGGUGUGAUGCACCGUUAUGUCUUCCCUGGAGCCGCAUGGGAAGCGCCUGCCCGACAAGGAGCCGUGGUGGAUAACAUUCCCUUCACCCAUCCCUCCCAUGUGCCUGCCAUACUGGAUCUGCUGCGCCAUCAGUGUGCCAUCAACACCCUGCUGACGAGCCUUGGCACCUCCCACUGUGAAAACCCAGGUCUGGCCUGUGAUCUGCAUUUCGAAAUCCUUCCAGAGUCCGACACCAGUUUUUCUGUGACCUUCCACCCACCGAACUCAGAUUCCCUUGCCGUUUUGCUGGUCAGCGUCCCUGAUCCUCGUCAGAUUACCUGUCACUUGUUUGGUGUGGGAUCAGCUGAUCUCUCAUUGGAUGAAUACGUCUCUGUUCAUUUGAAGAGGUACAUGUCCAUUCCUGUCGCACUGAGGGCAUUGUACAGUAAACUGGAGGAAAUCACCUCUGCCCCAGUUUCCACAAGCCACCCGGCCGCCACAGAAGCCCAAAAUGACCAUCCGGCUCCCUUGAACCCCGCUGUGAUGGACACUAACAGCGCCUUGACCACAUUCUCCCACAGUGCAGCUGUGCCAGGGGACAGCUGUGGAGGCUCUGGAUCAGCCUGCUAUGCUACGCCUGCAGCCAAAUCUGAGCUUCUUCCUAAAAUAAGUCCAAAUCCUCCCGUCAGCCCGUAGCCGUUACCUCCCGUGGCCGUGUUUUCAAAAUGGACGACGACAAACUUUCAGAAUUAAUUUGAAACUGUAAAGCUAAGCCUUUUAAAAUGUUUGAUUUGUAGAUGUGAGUACAUGUUUUGGUAAAGCACUAGUUUUAGAUCGACAUAGCCAUCAUGUACAGUCGCGGCAAAAAUUAUUAGACCAUCAAAAGUCAUCCAAAACGAUGGUUAUGCAAUCAAGUACUAACUCCUGUGUGUAUCAUGUGACUAAAACAGACACAAAAGAAAACAUG